AUGAAUAGCCAGUCGUAUACAGGCUUCCACAAGCCGUACUUCAUAGUGACCAGGGUCGAAUUCAGCGUAUCAGUCCUCCUCCUAGCUGCUAGAUGCUAUGCACCACUGCGAAUUGUGAAAUCUAACUCACCUGAUCUACCUUUGGCAAUUCUUACUUUUAUAUUUGGUGCCGCAAGCAUGGCAGUCCUCACUAUUGCCGCAGAAUCAGGACUUGGUGUCAGUGGGAUAACCCUGAAUAACAAUGAUCAACUCAACGCUCUUUUUUACGGGUGGCUCAAUCAGUUCCUGGCACUCAUUGCAAUCGGUCUGGGAAAAGUCACGAUUGUAACCUUUCUCCAGCAAAUCCAAGGCUACCAUACGGUCUUUCGCACGGUGCUUCUCUGGAUCUUAGCAGGCAGCACUCUUAUUGUGAAUUGUAUUGCGGCUGCAUUGCUCAUCACCCAAUGUGAUCCGGUUCAGGGGCUCUGGGAUGAUUCUAUUCCUGGUUCAUGCCAGGGUCGAAAGCGGAUCCAGGUGUUUGGGUACGUGCAAGGAACGUGGUCUGCCUUUUGUGACUUUGCUCUGGCCCUACUCCCGGUUUUCCUUUUUGCGGGGAUUCGGGCCAUCUCAGUCCCAGCGCGUAUAGGGCUGAGCCUUUUGAUGGGAAGUGGAGUAGUUGCUGGCGGCUGCGCAGUUGUCAAGGCCAUGGAGCUAAGUCGCUUAACAUCGUUUACCGACGCAACUCGUAUGUAUUUUGAGUCUUUUUUCUGA